AUGGAUGAAUAUAAAAGUAAACUACCGAGAAUUCCUAUUUCUAAGUGCAAGAAGAUCGCCAGGACAGAUCCAGAGUACAUUUUGACCAGUCAAGCGGCUUUUGCAGCUACCGCAUUCACCACAGAAUUGUUCAUCCAGAUGCUAGCAGAGGAGACCUGUUCUCUAGCUCAGAUACACAAGCAAACCAAAACUUUGAGAUUGAACUAUGAAGACCUAUCUACCGCUAUCCGCAACCUGGAUAAGUUUCAAUUCUUGUCAGAUGUCGUUCCGCAAACUGAGAAUCUGGCCUCUCUGGUGAGAGAAAACAAAGUCAGAUACACUAUUGUAAAUCCUAGCCCGGAAAUAGAUAUAGAAAGUGAAGAUGAAGUUGAUGAAGCUAAUGAACCUGAAGUUGGUGAACCUGAAGUUGAUGAAGCCGAAGUUGAAGCUGAAGUUGAAGCUGAAGCAGCUGAACCCGAAACUCAUACCCUUGAUGAACCUCGACCAGAAUCAUCGUCCUGA